CGCGCGUGUGUCCGCGCGUGUCCGCGUUUGGGUCCGUGUGCGCGUCCCAAUUCCGCGGCUGCGGCGGCGGCGGCUGCGGCGGCGGCUGCAGGACGAGCCGAACAGGCUCAGCCAUAUUUGAUGGUUUUGUUGCUUUGCUCGGGAGUUCUCGGGAGUAAUUUAAUGCCGAAGGUCGCUGCCUAGUGGAAAUAAUAUAGUACGUCAUUAAUAUGGCGCCAAAAGAUUGGGUUCUCGAUAUGUAGCGAGGAGGGAGGGAGGCAGCCGCCCAGCGCAGCGUUACUAUCCCAACAGUAACUUGGGCAUUGCCGGGGCGGGGGCCGGACUGGAGGAGAGGAUGAUUUUUGGAUCCUGAGAAUUGAUCUUUGUUGGAUCAGCUGCCUGCUGUUUCCCGGGGAGAUCAUGAAACGAGGUCGCCUUCCCAGCAGCAGUGAGGAUUCUGACGACAAUGGCAGCCUGUCAACUACUUGGUCCCAGAAUUCCAGAUCCCAGCACCACAGGAGAAGCUCAUGCUCCCGACAUGAAGAUCGAAAGCCUUCGGAGGUGUUUAGGACAGACCUGAUCACCGCUAUGAAGUUGCAUGACUCCUACCAGCUGAACCCGGAUGAGUACUAUGUGUUGGCAGAUCCCUGGAGGCAGGAGUGGGAGAAAGGGGUCCAGGUGCCGGUGAGCCCCGGGACCAUCCCUCAGCCUGUGGCCAGGGUCGUGUCUGAAGAGAAAUCCCUCAUGUUCAUCAGGCCCAAGAAAUACAUCGUCUCUUCAGGCUCUGAGCCUCCGGAGUUGGGUUAUGUGGACAUCCGGACACUGGCCGACAGUGUUUGUCGCUAUGACCUCAAUGACAUGGAUGCUGCGUGGCUGGAGCUGACCAAUGAAGAAUUUAAAGAGAUGGGAAUGCCUGAACUAGAUGAAUACACCAUGGAACGGGUCCUGGAGGAAUUUGAACAGCGGUGCUAUGACAAUAUGAACCAUGCUAUCGAGACAGAAGAAGGACUGGGGAUUGAAUACGAUGAAGAUGUUGUUUGUGAUGUCUGCCAGUCACCUGAUGGUGAGGAUGGCAACGAGAUGGUGUUCUGUGACAAAUGCAACAUCUGUGUGCACCAGGCCUGUUAUGGAAUCCUCAAGGUGCCAGAGGGCAGUUGGUUGUGCCGGACGUGUGCCCUAGGAGUUCAGCCAAAGUGUUUGCUGUGUCCCAAGAAAGGUGGAGCAAUGAAGCCAACCCGCAGUGGAACCAAAUGGGUCCAUGUCAGCUGUGCUCUAUGGAUCCCUGAGGUGAGCAUUGGCAGCCCAGAGAAGAUGGAGCCCAUCACCAAAGUCUCACACAUCCCCAGCAGCCGGUGGGCACUUGUGUGCAGCCUCUGCAAUGAGAAGUUUGGGGCCUCCAUACAGUGCUCUGUGAAGAACUGCCGCACUGCCUUCCACGUGACCUGUGCUUUCGAUCGCGGCCUGGAGAUGAAGACCAUCCUGGCUGAGAACGAUGAAGUCAAGUUCAAAUCCUACUGCCCGAAGCACAGCUCACAUAGAAAACCCGAGGAGAGCCGGGGUGAGGGGGCCACUCAGGAGAACGGGGCCCCUGAGUGUUCCCUCCAGAACCCACUGGAGCCCUUUGCCAACCUGGAGCAGAAUCGGGAGGAGGCCCACCGGGUGAGUGUACGUAAGCAGAAGCUGCAGCAGCUGGAGGACGAGUUCUACACCUUCGUCAACCUGCUGGAUGUUGCCAGGGCCCUGCGGCUGCCUGAGGAAGUGGUGGAUUUUCUGUACCAGUACUGGAAAUUGAAGAGGAAGGUCAACUUCAACAAGCCCCUGAUCACUCCAAAGAAAGACGAAGAGGACAAUCUAGCGAAGCGGGAGCAGGAUGUCUUGUUUAGGAGGCUGCAGCUGUUCACUCACUUGCGGCAGGACCUGGAGAGGGUUCGGAACCUCACUUACAUGGUGACCCGCAGGGAAAAGAUUAAACGAUCUGUGUGCAAAGUCCAGGAACAGAUAUUCAAUCUUUACACUAAGCUCUUGGAGCAAGAAAAAAUUUCAGGUGUGCCUUCUUCCUCCUGCUCCUCCUCCUCAUUGGAAAACAUGCUUUUAUUUAACAGUCCUUCUGUGGGCCCUGAUGCUCCCAAAAUAGAGGAUUUGAAGUGGCAUUCUGCAUUCUUCAGGAAACAAAUGGGUACUUCUUUGGUCCGUUCUCUGAAAAAGUCCCACAAGCGAGAUCCAUUACAGAAUAGUGCUGUGAGCGAAGGCAAGACUCUGCUCAAGCAGCCAGACCUGUGUGGUAGGCGGGAGGGGAUGAUGGGCCCGGAGACCUUUUUGAGUUUUGAAAAGACCUUUGCAGAAGCACGUAUCAUAUCAGCACAACAGAAGAAUGGCGUGGUGAUGCCAGACCAUGGGAAAAGAAGAGACAAUCGUUUUCAUUGUGAUCUCAUUAAGGGAGACUUAAAAGACAGAUCUUUUAAACAGAGUCACAAGCCUCUCAGGUCCACAGAUGUGUCCCAGAGGCAUCUGGACAACGCCCGAGCCGCUGCCACCUCCCUGGGAGUGGGGCAGUUGGCAUCCAGCACCAGGAAGGAGAUAGUGCCCAAAUGUAAUGGCUCCCUAAUCAAAGUAAACUAUAACCAGACAGCAGUCAAAGUGCCUACAACACCUGCCAGCCCAGUGAAGAACUGGGGAGGAUUCCGGAUUCCAAAGAAGGGGGAGCGGCAGCAACAGGGAGAAGCCCACGAGGGGGCCUGCCACCAGCACUCAGACUACCCAUACCUGGGCUUAGGCCGAGUUCCAGUCAAAGAAAGGGCAAAAAACAAAUUAAAAUCCGACAAUGAGAAUGACGGGUAUGUCCCGGAUGUAGAAAUGAGUGACUCAGAGAGUGAGGCAUCAGAGAAGAAAUGUAUACACGCCAACAGCACUAUCAACAGGAGGACAGACAUUAUCAGGAGAAGCAUCUUAGCCUCCUGAUGGAGUGGAGAAAGCACACUGGGAGCUUGUCCUGGGCUGUGCUAGAGAAGGGUGCUGACAGUGGACACGCAGAAACCAACCCGUUACACCCGAGCUACAGACACAUUUGCUUGCAAUUCAGACUGGUUUUUUUUCUGCCAUCAUUUCUAAAUCAUUGUGAGAUAUUUGUGUUAUUUGCAACUUGUUGAGGAAACAGGAGAGUCGGUUGUAACUGGAAGACACUGCUCAGACUAGAACCUGAAUCCAACACUAAAAUGAGAAUGAAUGAAGUAAGUUUUAAAGAGGGCAAGGCUUAAGUAAGCCUCAUGAGUUUUAUUGCUCUCUGGAUUCUUUCCAAAGCACAAAGUCUUGGUUACCUGAACAUAUAGGGUAUCAAACAUGAUUCAUGAGAAACACUCAUGCACUGUUUAUUAGCCCAGAAAACUUAGUCUCUAGACUGUGGUAGAUCUUGAACUCCUAUUUCUACUUUGCCCACAAGGCUGUUUUUGUUGUGUUACAGUGUACAGACAGCAGCUCUAAAGCGUCUGUAACUCUAGGAAAUGUCUUAUGUAAAUAUAACAGAAGGGGAAAAGAGAAUUAAAGAAAAGGUCAUUACUGGAACUGCUGAAUGGACAGGAUAGAGCUGCCGCAGCUUGGAGAACUAGGGUGGCACAAGACCCCUUGAGUGGGUGUGGCUAUAGGACCGAAGAGAGCGAAGUCAUUAGGAGAGCUCUGUCUGUAAUGAAGGGCAGUUGAGGUCCAAUUUUUACCAGUACUCUUGACUUUCCUCUUCCCUAAGCAUUGGCCCCUGGGCCAGCAUGGGAUUUCCCAGGCCGUUGGCAAUACCUGGCCAUCUGGCUUCCAACAAUACAAUGGCUAUUCAAGUUCAAGGUGAAGAAUUUCCAGAUUCUGGUGACUCAAAUUUCUCAGAGCCAACCACUAGUGCAUAUGUUGGGGAAUCCAGGCUUCCAAAAUGAAUGGAUUCCUUAAAAAGAAAAAAAGGAAAAAAAAAAAAAAAAAAAGAAUAAAAAGAAAACAAGAAAAAUAGGUUAUAUUUGAAAAACAAUGGAAAGGCAAUAAGUUGUGAUAGCUUUUAUCAUUGACCAAGGUUAGACAGGAAAGAGGUUGAAACUUACUCCUGAAUAUGUUUUAUGGAGUCAGAGAUCUAAGCUCUUAAAUCGUAACUUAGACUUUCUAGUUGCAAAUGGCAAUAACUAGUAAGUGAUCAGCAAUAAUAAAUUUAGCAUUAAAUUUGAGUACAUUGUUCUGUUUUUGCACUCACUGUAGUGCGUAUGUAUUAAGACAGUGGAUGGUGUUAAGGUCCUGUUAUUUUCUUUGGAAUUCAAUGUAGUUGUGAAUCAAAUUUAAAAGAAACAAAGUUUAAAUAGCAAUGAGAUUUAGAAUUAAGGGUACUUGGAACAAGCCCGACUUCCCUUAAAUGGUCCCUUAGUUUAUUAAUAUCAGUAUUCAGAUCCUGAUUCAUUUAUACAUCUGUUUCCAUAUGGCAGGGACAUUCUGAUACUUGAUGAAUAAUGCUUGAGUUCUGUAGUUAACUUUCAAGUCUUCCAGAUGAUGUCAACAACAAAAAAGGCUUAUUGAAUUCCAUCUUGCUAUGCAAGUUUUAUCAGAUGAUUAAAUAGUAGAUCUGAUGCAUCCCCAUUGUAUGUAUGACAUUUUCAAAGCAGGUCUUAACUUUUUGAGUACAUUUUAGUAGCUAAUUCAGGGGAGGGGAAAGAAUGACCCAGGUUUUUUAGACUAUUUUUGAGCAAUGGGUCUCAUUUAGAAAGACUGCUGUCCAGAUAAGCUUGUUGCUACAGAGAUUAGAAGGUUCUUAAGAAUCCAGGUUGUACAUUUACCCAUUUAAAGAUCAGAUUUUCUUUUUCCUGGCAUAUGAGCAAAACCCUUUGGCUGGAUUCAGGACUAGGUAGACUAGUUACAGUUAUCUUUUGAUUACAGCAACAGCUCUGGGUGAGUGGGAUUUAUAGACGAUAAUUUGUCAAGCCAUAGUAAGAAAAUCUAAAUUAAUUCUAGUAAGUAUAUGACCUCUCACCAUUUUAAGAGGUCCCAGAUUGAUUUGCACUAUUAGGAAUGCUAGUUUUGUGCAAAAAGUAAUGCCUUACCUGUUUUUUUCCCCACGUUUAGGUUGAAAAGCUUUCAAACGUUCCAAGUUAUGCUGAACCAAAAACAAAACAAAACAAAACAACAAGAAAAAUCCCCCAAAUAAAUAAUAAUAAUAAAAACCCAUACAAAAACAAUAGAUACAAAAACAAAAAAUCCAACAAGCCCACACUUUUUAUUCCUGCUUCGAAAUGCAAAUGGUUUAGAGAGCAGUUUCUCUGACAGUAUAAUGAUAGCUUUGUAAGGUAGUUUCAUGUCAUGCUGGGAACUCUGUAUGAGGUGGCCAUACGCAGCAACCAAUCCAACCUACCCACUUGCAUUCUAUUAGAAUGGAACCAUUUGCUUUCUUGUUUUUCUUUACAAUUUUUUUUUUGUUUGUUUCUUUAGCUUUAUCUUUCCUUGUGCAUCCUGACCAAGAAAUAUCUUUGAUUAUGAUCAGUGUAUUAUGUCAAAAUGUAGACUAGUUAAACUUUUGUAAAGUUGCCUGGAAUGUCAUUUGUUAGGUUAUAAACACAAAAUCUAAAUGAAGGGUUCUAUGUGUUGUGUACAAAUCUUAAUUAUUUUGAAAUGGACAAACUUGUCAUUACAUUUGUAACCUUGUACAGAGGAUUUUUCACUAUGUGCCUAGCUUGGUGUCCAUUCAGCUAAAAUUGAAAAAAAAAAAAAAGGUGCAUGAAGAGAUAAAAUUCAGAAAUUAAACAAAGUAUAUGUAGAGAUGACUAUUUUAUAUUACACGGCCCAAUCCUGUAUUUAUUUCUAUCCUCUUUUUGAAAAUAUUUAUAAAACUAGUUGAGGACAGCUGUAUUUUUUUGUUGAACUAUUUAGUAGAAUUUGUGCCUUUUUGUCUGUAUGUGAAUAAAUGCUGUACAUUUUGCAAUACA